AUGUUUUCAUUCAAAGCAUUAAACUGUUCGGAUGGACAACUGUCAUGUGACUUAGAUUCUUCGAAUAUUUCAAAUCCGAAUGUACAUGAAGUCGCAAAUUCAUCCUCAACAGGAAUAAUCACUAAAGCAUCACUUUCUGACAAUACUGAGAAAGAAGGUUCUAAAAAUGCAAAUAGUGCAUGUGUUUAUCAGUCCGACAACUUGAGUCAACUUUCUCCAAAUGUUGCUAGUCUUUUAAAACCAACGAAAACACGGGAAUCUGAGGAGGUGAGGAUUACCAAACUGUAUCACAUUGCUUUGCGUCUUUGUUCAUCUGAUUGUCAUGGUGAAGAUUUUAAGGCCAGACCAGUUUUAGAAAGUAUCUUGAACAGCUUUAUUAUUGAAGGCAAUAAAUUAACUCCACAACUGACAUCUGUAAAGUUCGCCAGCUGUAAAUUACUUGGAGGCAUUUAUUUCAAGUUGAAUAAAAAUGCUGAAGGUAUAGAUCUACUCAGUAAGGCUUUACAAAUUGACUCGAAUGAUUUAAGCCUUUGGAUACGCUUAGCUCGUGCUGCUAUACGCUCCGGCUUUUUUGAAGUUGCUAUCAAUUCAAUAGAACAUAUCUUGAUGAAACGACCAUCUCAUCCAGUUGCAUUACAUCUUGCUUUACCAUUAUACUUUGCAGUAUCUGAAUUAGAAAUUUGUUUGGAAUUGUCAACGCGUAUGCUCCAGAUAGAUCCGUCUAGUGAAUAUGCUGUUUAUUUCAUCAAUCGGAUCCUUACAAUACAACCAAGUUUACAUGAAAUGGUUACAGAUUUAUUCUUACAAAGGCCAGAUAUAUUAAAUCAAUUACCGGCAAGUAAAGAAGCUGAACAGGUCGAUCAAGAAAUACAAAAGAUUCGAACUAUUUAUCGUAAACAAAAGGAUGCUGAAAUGGAAUCACAAAUAAUCCCAGUGAUUAAGUUUCCAUCACCAUUGAAACACUUAAGCUGGUUACAUCUGAUUAAAGAGACAGUGACAAUGUAUGAUCAUUUACAAGCAGAAUCUACGAUUCAUUUAGUCCUUGACCUAUCGUCUUUAUGGUCUGAAGAUCUACUGCUUAGAGAGAUAAAAGAAUCGUCAACAAGUAAUGUAAAUGUACAUUCCAAUUUGAAACCAAUUGAACAGUCGGAAAGUAAUAAUAAUAAUAAUAAUGCUACUUCUACUGGUCAAAUAGAAGAUCCUCAUAUCACGAAGGCUCCAUCAAGUACAGAUACAACGUCUGAAUUAGUUAAAGAUGAUGUAAAUGAAUUCAACAUGGAAUCGGGCACCGAUGACUUGGCUACUGGAUUUGAGAAACGUCGUUCUGCACGGGUUAGAACAUGUUUUGAUUUAAGUGAUGGCUUAAAUCGUUAUUGUUCAAGACGAUCUGUAACCACGGAAUUAGAUAAAGUUGUAUAUGAUAAGUGUAAAGCAUCUUCUAGUGAGAAGUUGACCAGUUCACAGAAAGAAGGCAACAAUCCAAAUGAUCGUUUCAAGUUAGCCGACAGAUUUCAAACUCUUUUGCCUCAAAUAUUCAGAGAUCUGGCUGCUUACAACAGAAAACAGAAGAUUUCACAAGAAGUUCAAUUAUCUACGGAAAAUUCAAUGAAUGACAACAGUAAUUUAACUACUAAUGAAGUUGUGUCAGUUAACUCUGAACAAGUUACGUUGAACCAAUCGAAUUUAUGGAGUCCAAAAUCUGUUCAUAAUUUCCUAAUCAUGUUAAAUGGUAUGAAGCCGAAUAUUGUUACACUUGGUAUAUCAUUAUUAUUGCAAACCUGUCAAUUGUCUGGUUGUCGUUGGUCUUCAGAGCUUGCAACUGCCUAUAGGAAUUUAUUUCAGCGUUUACAGCCAUCUUUUCCGUAUUUUCUAACAAUUCCACCAUCCAAUACAUUAUUGAUGGAUGCUAUUAGUCAAAUGACAGAAGAUGCUAACACUUGCCUUCUACCAGAAUGUGUAUUGGCGCUUAGAAAACCGCCUGGAAUCAAACAUUUAGCCUAUUUUUACCUAAUAUAUAUUGAAUUACACUUAGAAGAAUUAGAAGCGAAUCCUAGCAGUAGUAGUAGUACAACAGGACCAAAAGGAAGAAACUCACUCACAACUGAAAUAUCAACAUCGUUAUUCUCCGUUUUAAAUGAGAUUCUUUCAAAAGUUGAAGAAACCUCGCCAGAUUAUCCAAUCAUUAUGAGUCAUUUACUGUGGAUAGAUUAUCUGAUGUGUUCUCGCCGUCGUGAUUAUACUGAAAUGAAAGAGUGUGUACUUGCUCUUCAAAAACAUCUUUUGGCGCAUAAAAUUGUUGUCUCCCGUGCAUACAGUGUUCGUCACGGUGAUUUAACACUAGAUUAUAUGAAUCAUUUACUGUCAAAGCUGAAAGAUGUUUCAUCGUUUGAUCGUUUAAUCCAACUAUCUCACGAUGGUCAACAUGCUGAUGUUCUCCUAGAAUUGACACGUAUCUUUCAACUUCAACGUGGUACAAAUUCGAAGUCCUCUUCCUACUCCUGCUCCUCAACAUCGUCCUCGUCAUCAUCUUCAUCAUCAGCAUCAUCAUCAUUAUCGUCAUCUGAUCAAUCUCAUUCAUUGAAACAAUUGAAUCUAUUCUACAAUUCAUUGAAACAUUUAAUCACUGAUAUGAUUACAAAAACUGGUGAUUACGCUGCUCCUAGAGAAGGUAACAAUACUGCUGCUGCUGCUGAAGAUGUCGAUAUGGAUGUAACGCCCCUCGCACAGUCAUCAUCAACAUCAACAUCAUCGUCAUUAUCUACAUAUUACAACUAUUGCAUCCUUUUAAUUGAAGAGUGUUUAAUUCGACUCACGGAAUCGAAUCAAGAGCAAAUGAUGACAAUGUCUGAGGCAUCAGUGAACUCGAUUGCUUCAAUUGCUAUGAAGACAAUUAAAUUUCUGAUUAAAUGUUGGAAUUUAUUGGGAGAUAAUUGCGUCAAUGAAGAUGACUUUAAUUCAAGACAGUUUCCAAUAAAAUCGAAUUCAUCGAGUGAUAUUUCAUCAAUUGCUAAUUUACCACUAAAAUUAUUAACCUAUCUCGAUGAUUCUGUAUACAGUAUACGUACAUCUAGUAAAGUGUUAUCCAAUUGGACAAUGAAUUUUUAUCUGAAAUUAGUUUCAUUAUUAUAUGAACAUUUAAGAUGCAUUGAAGAAAGUAUUCCGUGUUCAGCUCUACCAAUUGAACUACGUAUUUAUCAAUCUGGUGUAGAGUUAUCUGAAGAGAUUCCACUGGAAUUAAAGCUAAACGCCUAUUGUGGAUCAGUUAGUGCACCGCCGAGUAUUGUUUGCUUGCAUUUAUUUCAUGAAUUUUCAAUACUACUGUUCACUUCGUCAGCUACAAGUAGUAAUAAUAAUAAUACAAUAAUAACAUUAUGUCGGGAUUCUACAGGUAUCGUCAAGCUUUUAAUCCAACUGGCUAUACGAAGUUGUAAUGAACUGCAGUCGAUCAGUGCUAGAUUUUAUUCACCUGAUCUCCGAUGGAAUCUUGAAACUGGUGGUAGUCGGAUAGAGACUGGUGCUACGACAUCUACUGCUAGUACUGCUAGUACUACCACGCCUACCACCACUGAUGAUGGUAUUGUAUCCAAUGCUGGUAAUAUUGCUACCACUAAUAUUAAUAAUAAUAAUAAUGAAUGUUCAGCGAAUAAAGGUCAAACACCUACAGAUGAAUACAUGGCGCCAAUAUCACCGGAUGAUAAUACUGUCGCGUGUACUGAUGAUCUGCACAGCAGUAGUCUGUGUAAUAAAUCUUGGCCUACGGACUCGGUGUGUUUAGCUCAAGUGUUAAGUUGUACAAUUAAAUGUCUAUUGGGUAAUUGUUUAACCCGUGAGAUAACCACGUUUUAUCAACCGACCGAGAAGUAUCUCUCACUUGAUUUUGUUGAAUCGUAUGAAUUUAUGCAAAUCUAUAAUUGUAUUAAAACAAAAUAUGGUGAUGGUUUUAUUAAUUUUAUCCCGGAAUGGAUAAAUACAGUGAAGAAUUUAUUCGAUUCAUGGGAUGUAUUCGAUCAUCAUCAUGCGCAUCAACAACAAUAUCAACUACUGCAACAACAACAACUCCAGCAAUCGAUGAAUACGCUGAAUAAUAAAUCGAAUUGGUGGAAUUCACCAUCGUUAUCGUCAGCUGAUUGUGAUACUCAUCAAGAAGGAGAAUGUCUAGAUUGGGAAUGUGUCAAGAUAAUAUUUCUAUUCGCCUGUCCUAGUCCUUUCCCAGAAUACGAUAGUGUUAAAACUUUGUCAAUAUCAAAUGAGAUGUUAAAGUUUCUUUGUGAUGCUGCAAAAAUUAUGCCAACUUGUGAACUUGACAAAAUGUUACCAAAAUCUAGCAUAGACUCAGUUAUACAAUCGAAAGCUAAAGAAAUACACUUGCCUUCAGUUCCUAAAGGAUUAAGUUUCUUGACGAAAUCAAUGUAUUAUUUAAUUGCUGAUCAUUAUAUGAAGAAUAAUCAGUUCCAUCGUGCUGUAGAGUAUUAUCUAAAAGAUUUAUGCGUGUCUCCACAACGUAUAGACACUUGGGCCGCGUUGGGAUUGAUCUAUUCCAGUGAUUUGGAACAAGUUCUAAAUUUGACGAAUUUGAAAACGGAACGAAUUUCAGCUGAAGCUGUUUAUCGUUGUCUACGAUGUUUUAAUAUUGCACUACAUCUACAACCGGAUACAGUUACAUUGUUAAUUGAACGUGGAUGUCUAGCGUAUCAGUUACAUUCCUACGGGGCUAGAAUUGUUAAAAAGUCUGAAUACAGAAAUUUUCCAGAUGUUCAUUUAAAUUUAUGCCGUAAAUGGCGUCAUCGUAUGCUACAGCUGGCGCGUUCUUCAUAUGAAAGUGCUUUAAAUCUAUGCAGUUCAGCUAAGCAUCAUCAGCGAUUAGAAAGAGGUGUUGACACAGUGAAAGUAGGAACGUCAACGUCAACGUCAACGACAUCAUCAUCGGCAGCAGAACAACAGCAGGAUAACAUUAAAUCGAAUCGUUUAGGCGAAAAUGAUCUAAUCGAUAAUAAUAAUAAAAAUGAAAAUAAAUCUGAUAAUAAAGCGGCUCAAAGUAAAGAAGAAGAAUGGUUAUGUCAUUAUAUGCUAGCUAAAUGUGCUGAAAAAGAUGCCUAUUUAAUUAAACAAUCUGAAGAUGUCCAUCCAUCCUCACGUCUUAUGCAUGUUCUACGCCUGUAUCAUGAUGCAUUGAAAGCUUUAGACUCUGCUGGAGCGAAAUAUCCUAAAAAGAUUAUUUUUUAUAAUAAAAUACCUUUUCGAGCUGUUGAAGCAAUUGAAGUUUAUUAUCGAAUUCAUGCUCUAUCAUUAAAAACUUUGCUGAAAUGUGGAUCUCCUGUCACGUCUACACAACCGAAUCAUUCUGCUUAUCCAAUUAAUUUGGUAGAACUUGAUCAAUUUCUCGGCAUGAUUGAUACGUCUGAAUUUGUUACAAGUGCAAAGAAACCAUGUCGAAGAAAUCGUAAACGAACCGCUAACAUGGCAGGAUUAUCUAGUAAAACAAAUCAAUCACAAAAAAUAGCCAAUCAAAAUGGACCCGGUGAAGGUCAAAAUAAUAAACCAAUGCAACAGAAUGAAUCGGCCACAGUGUCAAGAGUAAAUGAUCAACCAGUUGAUGUCACAGCAUACAACAAAUCAGGUCAAUCGUCUAAUAUUCCCUUAAUCCCAGGUACCAUUCCAUCACAAGAGGAAUUUAUUGAUCUCACAUUGCCUGACCCACCUUUACAAGAAGAUGAAGAAUUGGUUAAUGUACCGGAAGCGUCAUCGUCUGUUGAAUCAACAAUUGAUAAACUAACUUUAUGGAAAAAAUGUGUUGAUCGAUGUCGAUGUGCUUUAGAGCUGGUGUUGCAACGAUUACCUCUGCAUUAUAAGGCAAUGUAUCGAUUGGCUUCAAUGUAUCUGUAUGCUCCUCACUUAAAAGAUCCGAAUAAAGCACUGGAUAUUCUACUAGGUCCAGCAGAAGUAUCGUCUAAACCAUCUUCCACUGCAAAUAAUAAUAAUAAUACUACAAAUGCUAGUUCUUCUACGCAGACGAAUAUUGGAGGUCUUUUUAAAGACAGAAAACAGAAUAAUUUCUUUUAUGGUGUUUGGCGCAUACCAACAGCUGAUAUUGAUCGUAGUGGUAAUUUUGCUGCGCAUAUGUAUCGUUCUGUCUCAUUAACAUUGUCACUACUUCAUGAUCAGGGGGAUUGGAGACGACUAGUACAUAUAUUUCAUCAGUUGAGAAAACAACCACCAGAAGAGAAGAGAGGAUUUCUUGGUGAAGGUGAUCGUGUCUACCUGGCUAGACGAGCGUUUAGUCUUAUCCAACCAACACUAUUUAAUUGGUUAACUCAAUUAUCUUUAAGUUUAGCGCAUAGAAUUAGUGAACAAAUUUCAAAGGAUAAUUCUUUGGUCUUCAAUUCAGAUAUAUCAUCGAUAACAGCAAAUGGAUUUUUAACUAUGGAAACACUGACUCAGAUUUAUCGGCUUCAUUGUGUUUCGUAUUCACGUAAUUCUUCGACGUCAUCGUCUGGUCAGUUGAAUUCUUCUUCGAAUAGUUUUAAUUCAAGUCUUUGCUCACCUACCAGUCCCAGUACUACUACUACUACGACUGCUACUACUCCUUCUUCUACGAAUGCUUCCACUUCUUCUUCUAAUGUACCCGAGGUGGCUACUGUGGCGGCAGCUGAAACCUCUGGAUAUGCAUCAGUUCUACAGUUAGCCUAUCGAUUAUGUCCAACAGUUUGGGAUUCUCGUGGACCUUUAGUUCCACUGGAUUGGAUUCUGAGAAGGUGUAACGAACUGAGUGUGACGAAAUCUCAACUAGGUAUAUCGGAGAGUCCAAAUGCAAUAAAUAAAGCCUAA